AUCCAUUAUUCUAUUUGAUACUUCCUCUUGCGGACGAAACUGAGAAAGUGAGAAGAUUAGAGGCACUCUGUGGCCAAAAGUAGUGUUGACGGUGGUGGAGACUCUUCUUCCCUUAGUGGCCGUCGGUUGGAAGGAAUCAGAAAAGCAGGAGUGAAGAGGCGGACCAAGACAGAGAAGACGAUCAGCUUGCAAGUUCUUCGACAAUAUUUUGCUGGGAGCCUUAAAGAUGCUGCUAAGAGUAUUGGCGAUAUGUUAAGUCUGAGAUCUAGUUUUGUGGGCUAAAUCCUUUAGAGCCUUUUGCAGAAGAUGCUAUUUGAAGAGGAUCAAAAGGAGAGAAAAGGCUGAGAGGGAAACAAAAAUGGUGAAGGCCAUAUCCAAUCCUCACAACAGGGAGAUGGCCAUCAGGAAGAGGAUCGCAAGCAUAUAUAAUAAACGAGAAGAUGAUUUUCCAUCAUUGAGAGAAUACAAUGAUUACUUGGAGGAAGUGGAGGAUAUGAUAUUUAACUUGAUUGAAGGAAUAGAUGUACAAGCUAUUGAAGAAAAAAUUCAGCAAUACCAAAAAGAAAAUGCUGAACAAAUAAUGAUCAAUCAAGCUCGAAAGGCAGAAGAACUAGCAGCAGCUCUGGCAGCAAGCAAAGGAAAUCCUGCACAGAAUGAUAUCGAUGGGGCCCCGGGCCAGAGUUCUCAAGCAGGCAUUGGUGUUGAUACACAGGGACAAUAUGCUCCUACACUUGCUGGAGGGCAGCCACGACCAACAGGCAUGGGUCCACAACCAGUACCACUUCCAGGGGGCUUGGACAUUCACGGUUAUUCUUUUGAUGAUGAGGAAAUGAUGAAGCUUCGAGCAGAGAGGGGUGGAAAGGCAGGAGGAUGGAGUAUAGAACUGAGCAAGAAAAGGGCUCUCGAGGAAGCCUUUUCAAGCAUUUGGAUUUAAUUUCUCAGUGCAUAACCCUUAUGUCGUGAAGGCGUCAUGACCGAUGAUUUGAUUCCUCAAACACCAUUCUCGUACCGUCUUCAUCAGAUUAGGGCAACAAAUAUUUUCCUUCAGAGUUUAUCAUUUGAGGUGAAACUAGUUAUAAUCAUUUCAAGUGACACAUUUCACAUGUAAUUGAGGUGAAAGAACUGAUGCCCCAUUUAGGCCAUUACCAUAGAGUUUGUUGCAUGAAUUUUAUUGAGCUAUGUAACAAAGUAUCAUUGCCACAAAUUUGAUUACAAAACCCAUCAAAGGUUGGUGAUAAUUUUGCCUUU